CAUUUGAGGAUGUGACCUGCUUGGCUUACACCGAAGAAAGAGCUUUGUGGAAGGACCUGAGGAAGGCUCUAUGCUGCACAGGCUCAUGAAGGCAGGCUCUGGUCCAGUUCUCCAACUGUGUGAGGGGGAAGGAAAAGCAGCGGAGGUUCCGUGAUGAGCACAUCAUGCCCUGAUUGCUGGAGCCAGCCUGGUGGAAGUUGGCAUGGCAGGCUGCUAAGGCCUGAGGAUGAUGACCACAACGGGACUGACUGUGAAGCUGGAGACUUGAGCAAAGCCCCCGUCACGCUGCUCAUCUGCCUCUGUGGGCUGGUGGGCAACGGGGCCGUCCUCUGGUUCCUCAGCUCCCACCUCCGCAGGAACCCCAUCAUCAUCUAUGUCUUCAGCCUGGCUGUGGCCAACUCCACCUUCCUCCUCUCUGUCGCCAUUGCCCUUGUCAUCUUCUACAGCCCAGGGAGCUUUUGUGCCACGCUGGGCUCGUGGGAUGUGAUGACCCUGUUGAACAUCACCAUCCUCUUCACCUUCACCGCUGGUGUCUACCUCCUGGCAGCCUUCAGUGCUGUGACAUCCCUGUCUGUCCUCCUCCGGGCCCACCACUCCUGCCACCACUCCUGGAGCUUCCCAGAGCUCACCUGUGCCUUGCUCUGGGUCCUCUCCUUCCUCCUCACCAUCACCCUCUACUUCUGCCCCGUGCUGCUCAUUGUCUUCGUCCUGAGCUACCUCGUCUCGGUGCUUACACUGAUUCUUUCUGGUCUAACUCUUCUCACCAGGGUCUUGUGCUGUUCCUGGCAAUACCCCCCAAGGAAGCUCUGCUUCGUGGUCCUGCUGAUUGUCUUCUUCUUCCCCUUCUUCACUGCUGAUUUUGGUUACUGGCUCCUUCUACGGCUGUUUGAUUUCUCUGUCUUUGUCUUUGACCCUUCUCUCCUACUCGCCUGCGUGAAUAGCAGCAUCAGCCCUCUCAUUUACUUCUUGGCUGGCAGCUUCAGGAAGAAGUUCACACUCUCUGUUGGAGCUGCUUUCCAGACGACUUUUGAAGAUGUAACAGAGCAGCCAAAUAGAGAUGAAACUCCUGCAGAAAACAUGGUGGGAACAGCUGUUUAAACCACCCCUGGAAGAAGAUGUUCUGGUGUUGGAGGUGUCCUAAUAAGGAUGAUGGCUUUGGAAUGAGCUGCAGCCCAUCAAGCUGUGCUGGGUGGCACAGGAGAUCCUGCCUGGGGUGGACCCUGAACAGCCUGGUGAAAUACCCAUCAAAACCCUUUUUUGGAGCCUUUGCUUUGAAUCGGUCCCAUCCAACAGCUCCAAGCUUUCCCUGCCUCCCAGAUGAGCUUGCUCUUCCCUGAACACCACAAAAAUGGAACCAUGGAGGCUCUUGCCUCCUGCCAGCGAGGCGGGUUUUUUUUGAGUGUAUCUUCUUAAGAGCAGAGUGAGGGUGAAUAAGAAGCAACAACUCCUGGGCAAACCUUGUGUGAGCAUCUCCAGCGGGUGCCGACACAUGGGAAGAACAUGUUGGAGACUUGAUGUUCAGCUGCGUUACCAGGGAUCAUGUGUUUGGGGUGGCUUUUCCCAAAAUCCAUCCCUUCUGUGGCACACUGAGCUUUGUUCAUGCUCCAUGUGGGUCGCCUGCAUGUGAGGGAUUUGAACUGGAACUGCCUGUGGUGGUUCCUCCCACGUUUCUCAGGGCUGUUUGGAUGGUUGGCUUGAGCAAACGCCGUUUCGCAACCGUGACCCCGAGGUCUCUUUCUGUUCCUGCCGUGUCUGUUCCUCAUCUAGACAAAAAAAUAAUAAAACCCCAAACAAACAAGGGGAGGAGGGUUAAACUGAAACAACCCCAAAAAUUCAGCCCUGCCUGGAGACUCUGCAAGGACUGGAUUUUCCAUGUGGAAGAGGAUACAGGGACAGGGCAAGACUGUUUAUGGAGAAGACCCUGUUAGGGCCAUGAGGAGCAACUCCUUGUGCUAUUGAGAAGCUAUUGGAAUGUCUCUAGAGAAGGAGACUCCACCACCUCUCUGGGCAGCCUGUCCCAGGGUUGUCACCCUCACAGUAAAUAUUUUUACCUCA